CAGAAAAAGAAAACAUCUGCUUCCGGAAGCUAGACGGUCAGUUAGCUUGCUAGUUAGUUACACAAUAAAAUAUCAUAAUACGACUCCAGGGUAAGACUCUUCAGUUUAAUAUAAGUGUUAACUAACCUCCGGUUUAUUGACAUUCACAACAUUCGUGCUAACAUGGUAGCAUGUUGAUAACGCGUGGUCUGAGACAUGAAAACAUAGGCUGGUAGCUUUCUGCUUCACUUAACACAUUCGUUACUAUCGCGGCUAACUUUUAGCUAACGUUACGGGAACAACAUUUGGCUAGAUUUGAUGUUUUUUGGCGUCGCUGCUAGUUAGGUCAAAGUCAGCUUCUCCACACAGGACCUCUCCUUCUUUAUCCACCCUGGCGUUCCCCUGUUACGAUGGCACCUAUCUCCCAAAGCAAGAGAAUGAAUUCGUGCAUCAUGUCAUGGAAGAGCUGGACACAUACCAGCAGAACAACAACCCUGAGAGCGUGCUCCUGUUCCCGUCUCUACCCAGCAGACUGCGGUACCUGAUUCACAAGACCAUAGAAGACCUGCCAGAGCUCACCACCUUCUCAGUAGGAGAAAGUUGGUGUCGCAGGGUGGCGGUCUGCCACUCUGAGCUCAGGGGAGAGAUGGAGGAGGACAGUGACUUGGAGAGCAAUAACAGCUUGUGUGAAGAGCCUCUAAAAAGUAGGGAGGAGAUGGAUGGCGUUGCCAAGCCUAAACCUUCGAUCACAUCAAGAAGCCGAACACCUAAGAGGCCCGACAAACCUCUUUACAUGCCAAGAGCUGCUCGGGAGAGACUGUCCCUGAAAAACUCACAAGAACCCGCAGCUCAUAAAGAGCUACCAAGUCCUGCCUCCUGUAGCUGUAGCUGCAUUAGCAGCUCAUCUGACUCUUGUUCCUGCCAUGAAACUACAGAAAACACUAAGUCCUCAUCCACAUUCAGACAAGAAUCACUCCACCGUGCAGCCGACAAUGUCCACAACCUUACUGAGGACAGUUCAGUGCAUUGUGCUCUGGAAGAGAAACAAAAGAUGUUGCUGAGGUUGGAUGAAGCUGAGGCCCUUGUCUGGGACCAGACUGUAUCUUGCUUCACUGACAUGACUCUGGAGGACAAUGCUAGUGUGCUAUACAGCACCCAGAUAGAAGACAGCACAGAUGCAGAUGAUGUAACUGAAGAGAUCAAGGUACACCUGAAAGAGGCAGUGUCCUUCUCCAUUGAACACGUCCACAAUGACUUCUCUAUUUAUGAGAAUGUGUGCAUCAGUCCGGAUGGAUUUCGUCACGUGAUCGAGAUCUAUGACUUUCCGGCUAUUUUCAAAACGGACGACCUGCUGGAUGCCUUCACAGACUACAGUGAUGGUGGAAUGAAGAUCAAGUGGGUGGACAACACACAUGCCCUGGGUGUUUUUUCCAGUGAGUCAGCAGCUCUCCAUGCCCUCUCCAUCUCCCACCCACUGCUGAAGGCACGAGCACUGGCUGAAGGGAGUAAAAAAGCCAAAGGCAAAGCCAUUCAACGAGCAGAGUUUAUCCAGCCCGUGAAGGAACGUCCCAGGACAGACUGUGCUGUCGCCAGGAGGAUGGUGACCAGAGCCCUUGGGCUGCAGUCACGAGGCAGAGUGCCGCGAUACUAAAGAGAAGUGCUCACAAUGUGAUACAUUAACAGAGAUGUUCUCCGGCUUAAGAGGCUCUACAGUGGUCACAAACAGCUGAGUAUGACAACCGUCCACCACUGUGCACCCGCUUCAAUGCCCCACGCCACCAACAUCCACCCUGAUCGAGGGUCCUGAAUCCCCACCAGCCUCAAAGUUUUUGUUCUGCAGUUAAACCUGACCCCCCAACCUUCAGACAUUACUGUUGUGGUUCCUGUUGUUCACUGGGUCACUAAUAAUACAACGAUGAUAAAAGUGUUGAAGAGCCUGAGACGUAUGAAACAUUCAGAUGCAAGCUGUGGUUUCAGGUGACUAGAAGAAGCCGGUAAAUUUGUUGCCUUCAAACUAAAGUGUAUUUGAUGGUUGGCUCAUUUGUUGACAGGGCAUUUUAUUUUUGUUUCCUGGCCCAGGUGAUCCAGGAUUAGUUGAAUAGAUGUGUGUUAGUAGCAAUUAAUUUCCAACGAAUUUCUCCACAGAUUAUUUCUCAGGAUUGGUUACAGAAAUCUAUUACAAUAUGCGCUGUGGUUGUAGACAGAUUUUUAUAUGGAGCGGAAACUCCCAACAGACAAAUAUAAUGCGAUCCAUUAACACAAGCAGAUCUGAUAAAUGGUUUUCAAAAGUCAGCAUUGUGGGACAUAUCAAGAGACACAGGUAUACAGAAGAACACAUGUAACAAGCAAUGUUUUACUGGAUAUUUUCUGAUGUUUUAGUUCAUUUUAAAGUGUAGUUUUAUUUUUUGUAAGAAAGUUGCAAUAUAUAAGUUGUUGAUCUUUAAUUUAUUCGGAAUAGCAAAAAAUAUAUAUUUCUUGUUGCCUCAGAUGUGAAGAGUUCAAGUUGUUUUUUACUCAUAUUACAGAAAACUUAAGCUUGUGUAUUGGAAGCUUGAAUGUUCAGCCCUCUGUACAUGUUACUAUGACAUUUUAUAUCAUUUAGCUAAUGACUUAACAUCAGUCCUCUGUAAGUGGUGUACAAAGAGACAAUUUAUACGUUUGUAUUGAGUAGAGGAAGAUAAGUGUUGUAGAUUUUUAAUGGGCUGUUUCCCUGAAAUGAUCUUUUGUACCUGAUUUGAGUUUGACAGGACUUGUUCUGUGUCUGUUACGAUGAGAGUUCCUUGGAGAUUUGAACUAAUCUACAGUAUCGUAUUAGAACAUUUCAGGGAAAAGAUGACUUGAUUGUAGCGCUAAAUGUGGCACAAAUUCUCAAAAACAUUAAAACUAUACAUUGUUUACAACUUAA